CUCAUGGAUCUGGUACAUAGGUCUACAAGUAACUUUAUGCACUUAUCUUUCAUUUUGACGGCUGAAUGUAUUUUAUUUAGUGAAUGUAAGUGUUUUGACUCACGUGAAAUGUUUCAGAGCCAAACCAACACAGGUGUUUUGAGACUUAGCAGGCGUUGGAGUAACAGGGAAGAGAACUAACUGACCACCAUCAUGGGGCUCGAGUUGUUUAUUCUCUUUUUGGCAUCAUGUUGCAUCGGGCAAUCAAAGACAAGAAAUGUCCUUUUAAUUAUUGCUGAUGAUGCAGGUUUUGAGACGGAGGUGUAUAACAACUCUGUGGUCCACACACCCCACCUGCGCUCUCUGGCCCAGCGUAGCCUGGUGUUCAGCAACGCCUUCACCUCUGUCAGCAGUUGCUCCCCCAGCCGCUCCACCAUCCUCACCGGCCUGCCGCAGCACCAGAACGGCAUGUAUGGGCUUCAUCAGGGUGUUCAUCACUUUAACUCGUUUGACGGAGUACAAAGUCUGUCGCUGCUCCUCAGCCAAGCCAACGUACACACAGGUAUAAUUGGGAAGAAGCAUGUCGGCCCUGGAUCUGUAUACCCUUUUGAUUUUGCCUACACAGAGGAGAACAGCUCUGUCCUUCAGGUGGGGAGGAACAUCACACGCAUAAAACUCCUGGUCCGCAAGUUUUUCCAGACCCAUAAAGAGGAAGCCUUUGAACGAAGGCGAAAGAAGGAAGACAUUAAAGUCAAUAUAAAAGAUGAAGGCAGGCCAUUUUUCCUUUAUGUUGCCUUUCACGACACCCACCGAUGUGGACACUCGCAGCCCCAGUAUGGAGCCUUCUGCGAGAAGUUUGGGAAUGGUGAAAUGGGGAUGGGUAGGAUACCUGACUGGACACCAGAAUAUUACACACCAGAACAAGUGAAGGUUCCUCCUUUUGUGCCGGAUACACCCGCAGCACGGGCCGACUUGGCUGCACAGUACACCACAGUUAGCAGGCUGGAUCAAGGCAUCGGUUUGGUUCUUCAGGAGCUAAGGGACGCUGGUUAUGAGAACGACACUCUGGUCAUCUACAGCUCAGAUAAUGGCAUCCCCUUCCCGAACGGCAGAACCAACCUGUAUCGCUCCGGGACUGCAGAGCCCAUGCUGUUGUCCUCUCCAGAGCACAGGGAGCGAUGGGGAGACACCAGCCAGGCCUACGUUAGCCUGCUGGACAUUACUCCCACCAUUCUGGACUGGUUCUCUGUUCCCUACCCGUCCUACAGCCUCCCUGGCAGCCCUGCCAACCCGGUCCACCUCACCGGGCGCUCUUUACUUCCUGCUCUGGUCACUGAACCUACUGACUGGCGAACCGUCUAUGCCAGCCAGUCUCUCCACGAGGUAACCAUGUACUACCCAACCCGCUCCGUCCACCAGGGGGCGUACCACCUUCUCCACAACCUACACUACCGCAUGCCCUUCCCCAUCGACCAGGACCUGUAUGUGUCACCCACCUUCCAGGACCUGCUGAACCGCAGCCGGCAGAGUGAGCCCACGCACUGGUUCAAAAGCCUGCAGCAGUAUUACUACAGAGAACGCUGGGAGCUGUUCGACUCCAGAGCAGACCCACUUGAAACGAGGAACCUGGUAGCAGACCCGUCCUACAGCGCAGUGCUGGAAAAUCUGAGGCAGAGUCUGCAGAAGUGGCAGUGGGAGACGGGGGACCCCUGGGUCUGUGGACCUGACUAUGUCCUGGAGGACAAAUUACAACCACACUGCAGACCACUCUACAAUGGACUCUGAUGGUACUUAAACUCAUCUUGAUUGACAUGAUAUCCCCAUACAUGAAAACAUUCUUCUUAUAAACUAAAUUGCAUUUAUUUGUAUUUUUAUUUUUGUAUGUCAGUGCUGAUUUAAUGCUCAAAAAUAAACAAAACUUGAGUGACAUUAA